AUGCUAUAUGACAAUUAUAAAUAGUUUUCAAGUGAUGAAGGAGAAGAUGAAGAAUAAAGUGAGUAAAUGUUGUGUUAAUAAUUUCUAGUAUUUUAGGGAGACAAAAUCAUUCUGUAUUACAAAGGUCAAUAAUAUAAUUUCCCAUUGAGUAUUAUGGCCUUGUCAUCUUUGGAAAAUGUCUUUUCUGUUGACAAUUUCACAAAACAAGAAAUUGAUUCUUUAUGUUGCCUAUUACCUGAGGCAGAUUUGCAAUUAUUCCAAGAUGUGAUAGAAGGCACUAAAAAUUUUCAAUUCGGAAGCCCAUUAAAUAUUUUCCUGACAAAAAUGAAAAGUGGAUAUUUCACAAGGAAUAAAGAAAUAUGUGAUAAAUUGGAACAGAAGAUCUCUAGAAAUCAUUUGAAUGAAUAUUAUUCAAAUCUAUAUGAUAGUUUUCAUAAAGAUCAGAACAGAAUUUAGAAUGCACUUUAAAGGAAGAAAAGAAUCAUAUUUUAAAGAUCUCCAUCAUCAAUUUCAGAUGAUGAUGAAAUAAGUAAAUAAAUGAAGUUAGAUGACAAUAAUGAAGAAUUUGAAGAGGAGGGAUUUUCAACAUAAACAUCACAAUCAUAAUCCUCAGCUAAUGUUCAGCAAUAUUCUUUGUAGCCUCAACCUCAGAUCCAAUAGUAAUUUAUACCAUCAGCCCAAUCCUUAUUUAUCAUAACUCCAAUAACACCAUUGGCUCCAUUAACAUCAACAUCAAUUGCUACAACUGCCAUGACUUUGGCUUUGAUGCAAGCUAAAAAAUCAAUAAAGUAAUAGAAUAAAAAUCAAACCUAAAAUGUUUAAGAGUCUAACAUUCCUAAUGGAUAAACCAACAGAGAAUGGUUAGAAUUCUAUUGGAAAUAAGAAAGAGAAAGAUAUUAAAAUCCCCUCCAACCUUAUACUUUUACAUGCAUAGAUGGUUCUAAAGUAACAGUGGCUCCCGUGGCUAAGAAACUAAUAUCAGGAUCAAGUUAAAAACCAAGAUAACAUGAAUUGCUUAAGAAUGAAAGACCUACCUAUGUUACAAUAUUAUCUCUAGUAAGAGAUGCUUCAGCAAGAUUGCCAAAAGGAUUUGGAACAAGAGCAGAUAUUGUCAAUUUAGUUAGAGAUUCGCAAUACAUAAAUGAGAAUUUACCAGAAGAGAAAAUGAGUUCUAUCAUUUCAGGAGCUUUGGACAGAUUGCAUUAAUCUACUGACCCAUGUGUUAAAUAUGAUUAAGAAAAGAAAAUAUGGAUUUAUUUGCAUCAUGAUAGAGAUUCCUCUUAUCCUGAAUGGCAGGUAGCUACUCCAGCCAAAAAUAAUAGCAAUAAGAAAAAAGGUUAACUCAAAGAUGAUUAAGAAAAUUGA